AUGAGCACUGAGCCUAGUAACGCUCCUCCAACAGAGCCAAAAUGCACAUUUGUUGAUUUUGACGGUCCUGAUGAUCCAGCAAACCCUUGGAACUGGCCUGUGGGUAAGAGGCGUCUGCUAUCAGCGAUAAUAGCCCUAUCAACAAUGUUCGUCGCCAUGGGAAGCAGUAUCUUUGCAAAAGCCAUUCCCUCCCUCAUGGCCACACACGGCAUUAGUCGCGAAGUCAGUACCCUCGGCGUUUCAUUGUACGUGCUAGGCUUUGCAACAGGGCCUAUCAUAUGGUCCUCGCUUAGCGAACUCAAAGGACGUUAUCUACCCCUUACGACUUCAAUGUUUGGUUUCUCCGUCUUCUGCUUUGCCACCGCUCGAUCCGGGAAUGACCUCGCUUCGAUCUUUAUCUGCCGUUAUUUCACCGGUUUUUUUGGCGCUGGGCCUCUAACAUUGGCUAGUGCCGCAUUUGCAGACAUGUAUCGCCCAAAAGAACUUGCGCCGAUGAUAACUCUGUAUGCUUUAACCGUGUUUUUGGGCCCUCUCAUCUCACAACCCAUCGGCGGCUUCAUCGUCCUCAAUGAAUCCCUUGGAUGGGAAUGGACUGAAUACCUACCAGGAAUUCUCGGCAGUGUUGCCUUUUUCUCUCUUUUAAUCCUUCUCCCCGAAUCCUACCGGCCCGUCAUCCUCGCCCGCAAAGCAGACAGACUGCGGCGCGAAACUGGUGAUUGGUCAAUCAUAUCCAAGCACGACACCAUCGCCCUCGACCUACGCACCGUCAGCCGCGAGUAUCUCUUCUUACCACUGCGCAUGCUCGCUCUCGACCCGAUUGUUCUAUGCAUGUGCACUUUCGGCGCCUUCGUCUACGGGCUUCUAUACCUGUUCCUAACGGCCUACCCGAUCAUCUUCCAGCAAAUCUAUCACAUGAACCCCGGUGUCGGUGGUCUCCCUUAUCUCGGUAUCAUGGUUGGCCAAUGUCUGUGCGUCAUUGCUACGCUCAUUUACCAGCGUAUGUGGGUGUUCCCACGCCUGCAUAUGAAUAAGGGCCAGAUGAAGCCGGAAUGGACUAUUCCUCUCGCGAUUCCCGGCGCAGCUGCUUUCUCGGCUGGCCUGUUCUGGCUCGGUUGGUCGGGGUACAGGGGGGAAGUUCACUGGAUUGUGCCUACAGCAUCGGGGGUUCUGUCCGGGUUUGGCUUGUUGGCUAUGUUCGUGCCGUCGGUUUCGUAUAUUGUCAAUGCGAGGCAGAACAGAUCUGCCUCUGCCGUCGCCGCUCAUAUGCUCUUCCGAUCCAUUUUUGGCGCUGUGUUUCCUCUCUUCGCCACUUAUAUGUUCCAAUCCCUCGGCGUGGAGUGGGCCUGCACUCUCCUCGGCUGCGUCGCAGCCCUAAUGCUUCCUAUCCCGUUGAUACUCUACCUUUACGGCGAACGGAUUCGGAAGAGCGUCAAAAUUGAAUAUUAA